UAAACGAGUGAGGUGGCAUUCAUCCGGUUCCUGCUUCUAGCAGCACAGCAAGAGACAGAGCAAAAGCUUGUUGUACAAUUUAUCACUAUAGCCUAGCCAACUGCUGUGCAGAAUGAGAUAUGCUUGCAUCAUAGCCUAUAGCCUACCCUGCGUUUAUUCAGACUUCGAUAAGCGGCAAGUAGCCUAAAGCCCAGGGCUGAGAGGAAACUAUCGAGUGGCAGGACUACGCUGGAAUAAACGCUGCAGUCUCACCCAUGCUUCCUCCCGAAUAGCCUACUUAUCCAUCUGUUUUACACUGUCCCCACUCCUGUUUUGACGUAUUUUUUUUCUGCAAGGGCAAGAUCCGAAACAUGGAACUUAUUUGCUUCGAGAACAAAGUCGUGCUAGCCAAAAUUGACCCCAACAUUCUCUAUGACGACAGAGUAUUGCAAAAUCUGCUAACAAUUGAAGACAGGUUUCUACCGCAAUGUUCGUAUUUUAAAUGUGUCCAGAAGGACAUUCAGCCACACAUGAGGCGAUUGGUUGCAGGAUGGAUGCACGAGGUUUGUGAAGAGGAGAAGAGUGAGGAAGACGUUUUCCCCUUGGCUAUUAAUUAUUUGGACAGAUUUUUAGCGGUGGCGCCCACUAGAAAGUGUUAUUUGCAACUUCUAGGAGCUGUAUGCAUGUUCCUUGCAACAAAGUUAAAGGAGAGUCAUCCAUUAACUGCAGAAAAGCUGUGCAUGUACACAGACAAUUCCAUCACACCAAGGGAGCUGCUGGAGUGGGAGUUGGUGGUCCUAGGGAAGUUGAAGUGGAACAUGGCGGCAGUCAUCCCAAAUGACUUUGUGGAUCACAUCCUACACAGACUGCCCCUGCCCAAAGAGAAGCUAUUUGUGGUCCGCAAGCACACACAGACAUUCAUCGCCAUGUGUGCCACAGAUUUCAACUUCGCCAUGAACCCCCCCUCCAUGAUUGCUACGGGAAGCGUGGGGGCGGCCGUCUGCGGCCUGCAGCUAGACCGUUCAGACCAGGCCCUGAGUCGAGACCGUCUGACUGACCUGCUGGCCAAGAUCACCAACACAGAGGUGGACUGUCUGAAGGCGUGUCAGGAGCAGAUAGAGAGGGUGUUGGCUAGUAGCCUGCAGCAGGAGCAACAGCAGCAGAGGCAGGAGGCCCAAGGCAGGCCGGGCAGCAAGGCCAUGGAGCAGCAAGACCAGUCCAGAACCCCAACAGACGUAUCCAGCACCCCAACAGAUGUACGCGAUGUCAACCUAUGAGCUUCCCACCACCACCACCAUCUACAAGAGUGACGUCCACCAGUGAGCUCCCACCAAUCACGUCACUCUGUCAAUCUAUGGGAUCCAACAACAUUCGCAAUGUCAAGCAAUGAGCUGCCAGCACAUACGCCAAGUCAACCCACCACUAAAUGCCACACCAACCUACGAGUUUCCAUCCUUGUUUGAUAAGUCGACCUGUGAGGUCCCACAAAGUUUGGGAUGGCAAUCUAUGAGCUGUCAACAGCAUCAUGCUGGAAUUAUCAACUGAUAAGAACUUUUACAAACAAUAUAGAGAAUAGGUCCAAAAAAAUCUAUGGGCGGCUCCCAUCUAUAUUUAGCUGGUCACAUAUUGACAUAUGUGCCAUAUUAAAUUAAACAAGCUCUUUUAGACACAAAAUGUAUUUGAAAACUUUGAAAGAGCCUUAGGUUUGCAGAAAGGAUGCCUGAAUAGAUUUGCAUACUUGAAUUAUGAAAUAUAGAAAUAUUCGUUUUUUACUUGAUAAAAAUACCAAAUAUAGUUUUUCACUCAAAAAAAAGCUAGCAAAAACAUUUUGUUAUUAUUCAUAUUAUUGUAUUAUAAUUAUUGUUAUUCUAAAUAUUGUUAUCAUUAUUUCAAUAUAAUUUAGUUUUAUGAUUAUUUUAAUAAUAAUUGUUCAUCAUUAUUAAGCAUUUAUCAAUUUCACAAUGAGUGGGUGUUUCCCUCAGUUUCAAAUACAGGAAGCCCCUGUAGUACUGUGGACAUUACAUUAAGUGCUGGUUUGGUUCUGCACAGUGUUCAUACACCUUUAUUUAGGAGAAGCUAAUGUACAGGACGAGGAGAGCUGCAUCUCCUGCCUGCUAAACUGUGCAUCUGUAGCACUGCUUCCUAUUUAUGCUCUUAUAUGCUGGCCAGGAGAGGGCUGGGCCCACUCACACAGAACACAGAGAGAGAGAGAGAGAGAGGGGGGGAAGAGAGACGCAUGUGUGGAGUACUGAGGGUGUGUAUAUACUGCCCCCUAAGGGUGAGAGUGAGGACAGAACAACUAUCAGCUGUCUUGAUUUCAUUGCCAAGUUAAUACCAAGCCAAUUUCUACUUUUUGAAUUGAACAAGGCUAUUUUUGUUGUUAUAUGUUAUUGGAUUGUGUGCUCUGAGAAACUCCUGCACGUUAUUAGAAAAUUAUUGAGGAUCAUUAUAUACCUUUUAUACCAGGGAAAGUUGGCGUGAAAGCAUGUUUUUGUUCAGGGUCAGCCAAAGCCAAUACUUGUGAAAGGGAGAUGGCAUGUUAGAGGGAUGGUCUUAGUCUGGAGAUGAGAAUGAAACUACAGUUGUUUGUUAGUGUCAGAUGGAUUGUUAAAAAAGUUUUGCAGAGUUGGCGUGUAUGGAACAUUUAGAGCAGUGACGGUUUGGCAAAGGUGGUGUAGCCUAUUGGAGAGUGAGAGGAGAUGGCAAAAAAGGGAGGUUUUGAGAGUGGAACUAGAGAUGGCA